UGUAUAGUGGAUGCAAUUUCCCAAUAUUAAUAUUAAUAUUCAAACACUAAGUCAAAAUUCGUAGUCUAAUAUGAUAUUUUUCUUUAAACGGUACCGCAUCCAUUUUGUUAUUUUCAUAAUCCAGGCCAUAUAGUUUUACAUGACCAACAAAAAUGGAUGGAAUGUGUACACUAGAAAAGUUCUGUUUUUUUUGGACAAACCUAGAAAACUUGUGUUAAUGGAAUGAUAUAUGGGUAUCUCAUAUUUUUUGGAUUUAUAUUGAUAAAUGUGAUAUUCUUGACAGAAAAAAAAAACAUAGUGUCAGGGUAAAAAAUAUGUUAUCCUAUUAGUGGUUGGGUGAAGCAAAUUGUUUAGUUGUCAUAAUCAUAAAAAUAGUUAAUUUAAGUAGCUAAACUUUUGUAGUAAGUAGUCGACGUGCUUAUAAUAUUUUUGUAUUCCGACUGGCUCUAUAUAGACGCGAAUCUGGUUCGCCCAAGUGGACCAAUGCGGGAUAGAAAAGCAUAACAUAUAUCAAGUUUAUUCGCCGCAAGACACGUCUCGAACCGGUUCAACUUUCAUUACGUUUUCGCCAUCGACCAUUGACCAAUUAUAUGAUUUUAAUUAUUCGAAACUCGAAAGUUAUAAAUGGUUGCUUGCAGCAAGAAGAUAUCGGGAGAUUCAAUUUAUCCAUAACAAAAUAGUAUUUAUCACGUGUCGGGGUAAUCAAUCCGGUUAGCAUUUUUCCUGGAACUACCGUCUCCCAAUUAUCGGUUUAAUCCGGUUUGAUUACGGUGUUGUACUCGACUUAUCUGUCUAUUUGUAUUACAGCCAGUCGCUAGUGUUCUGCAAAAAAGGCUGGUCUUGUAAUAGAAUCUGAUUGUCGUGUUCCUUUGGAGAAUUUACACCGAAGCUGUGAUUGCUCUGAGAAACGUGUAUCUUCGGGGAGCAUUUUCACAACCCUUUCAAUGAUUAGUCAUCUCUAGAAGUCUGAAGGAGCAAGUGCAGACCAACUGUUUGAUGAAAUUCCUCAUAGAACAAUGAUUUCGUUAGUCAGAUCAAAGGGGUUAGCGUUUCUAACGAAUACUACAAAACUGACGCGCUGUUUAUGCUCUAAUCACUUGGUAGACCAUGCAUCGACGGAGUUGCAGGAAGUUAUUCGGAUUGUUUCUUCCCACAUUGGUGGUCUUGAUGAACUUGAAGAACACUUGAACAAGGUUUCGGUUUCUCCAUCACCCAACUUCGUUACCCAAGUGAUUGACUCCUGUAAGAACGAGACUUCACCGAGAAGGCUUUUGAGAUUCUUCUCCUGGUCUUGUAAACACCUUGGUUCCAGUUUACAGGACAAGGAAUUCAACCAUGUCCUAAGAGUUUUGUCUGAGAAGAAGGACUACACAGCUAUUCAGAUACUCUUAUCAGAUCUCAGGAAGGAGAAUAGGGCCAUGGAUAAGCAGACGUUUAGCCUCGUUGCUGAAACUCUGGUUAAGAUUGGCAAAGAAGAAGAUGCAAUAGGUAUUUUCAAGAUCUUGGACAAGUUCUCUUGCCCGCAAGAUAGCUUCACAGUGACGACUAUUAUAAGCGCGCUUUGCUCAAAAGGACAUGUGAAGAGAGCAUUGGGAGUGAUGCACCAUCACAAGGACUUGGUAUCCGGUAACGAAUUGUCUGUGUACAGAAGUCUUUUAUUCGGCUGGUCGGUCCAAAGAAACGUGAAGGAGGCAAGAAGAGUUAUACAAGAUAUGAAAUCAGCAGGGGUUAGUCCGGAUUUGUUCUGCUACAACACAAUGCUUACAUGCUUAUGCGAAAGAAACGUGACUCGAAACCCUUCUGGUCUUGUCCCUGAGGCUUUGAACAUUAUGUUGGAGAUGAGGUCUUACAAAGUCCAACCUACGUCUCUUAGUUACAACAUAUUGCUUUCUUGCUUGGGAAGGACGAGGAGGGUGAAAGAGUCUUGCCAAAUUCUAGAACAGAUGAAGAGAUCGGGGUGUGAACCCGAUACAGCUAGCUAUUACUUCGUUGUGAGGGUUCUGUAUUUGACAGGGAGGUUUGGUAAAGGCAACCAAACGGUGGAUGAGAUGAUCGAGAGAGGGCUGAGACCCGAACGCAAGUUCUAUUAUGAUCUGAUUGGAGUUCUUUGUGGUGUGAAGCGGGUGAAUUUCGCGCUCCAACUGUUUGAGAAGAUGAAGAGAAGCUCUGUGGGUGGUUAUGGUCAGGUUUAUGAUCUGCUCAUACCAAAACUAUGUAAAGGAGGAGACUUUGAGAAAGGAAGAGAGCUUUGGGAAGAGGCAAUGUCACUCGGUGUUACGCUUAGUUGCUCCAUCGAGCUGCUUGAUCCUUGUGUCACAGAGGUUUUCAAACCCAUGAAGAAGAAAGAAGAGGCUGCAUUGGUGGAUCCUCGUGCACUCAGCUUAAAGAUUCGUCCUAAGAUGGAUAAAGCCAAGCCGAAAGUGAAACCAAAACCGAAACGCAGGAGCAAGACGAAGAAGAACAUAUGAUGUAUGUGUAUCACAAGAUAAAAACUCAGAUGAGCUUCGGUUUCUCCUCGUCGGCGAGCUCGGUUACGCAUCCACCACCAGAUUACGACGACAAUGACUGGAUAAAACGACCGGAGAGUCUCCGAGAAGGAACAUAGGCACGACACCAUUGUCCGGAACCUUGGCAAUACUCGCGCGAGAAGGAGCUUCCACCAACGUUGGAUGAUACUAGUCUCGAAUGCUGAGUAGUGACUCAAGAACGUCCAUCGAGACGGCGGAGAUUUUCCG